AGUAUUCAUUAAAAUGAAGAGACAAGUGAAUAAAAUUUGUGAAAUUUGCAGCGAUAAAGGAAUUGGCAGACACUUCGGUGCAAUUACUUGUGAAUCGUGUAAAGCAUUCUUCAGGAGGAAUGCCAACAAAGAACAGGAACUCAUACAAAGCAAUGAGGAAAGGGAGCAAAGAAGGCGAGUGGUGGAAGAGAAUCGACGCAAACGACUAGUAAAUGAAAGCCAAACCUCAUCUUCAGAUGCAAAUGAGUCCUCAAAUCCGCCAUCAAUUGUGUCGACCAUAUCUGAUGACUCCUUCUUGUGUGACAUCACUGGUAGUGUUUUGGACGUCACGGAUGAGGACCUGAGCGCACAGAUUAUGGAAAUUGAAAAUUAUGUGAAUAAUGAGGACACGGAUCAGAGUAUUGAGACAUUGGGUGAAAGACUAAUGUUGAAAGAGAUCAGACAGAGGGCACAGAAAAUAGUUGUCAUUCCUAUGUUCAAAGAACUCACGGAUUAUAACGGUUUGAAUGACUUAGAGGUCAAUAAGAUUGGGGAGCUAUUGGCCAUAUCCAAAAUAUUUGACUACCCGGAUACUAAAAAUACAUUAAUAAUCCAGAACAAAUUAGACUAUGUUCAUGUUUACUCGAAGAGAUCUGAAGAGAGUGUUAAGGAAGCGCUAAACUAUUGCAAAGGGUUGAGUGGAUUCACAAAUACAUGCCCUGAUGAUCAGUAUACCUUGUUCAAACACGGGUCUGUCGAAAUGAUGCUACUUAGAUCUCUAAUGUUCUACAACGACGAUGAAAAAUAUUUUAAACUCAACUUGGAGCUCCCGAACCAUAUAAAACAGUUCAAAUAUUUUUUCGAGGAGUACCUGGACAAAUUUCUACCACAAUGGAAACGGGACCGGCUCAUUUUGGAAUUGAUAUCUGCGAUCGCACUGUUUAACCCAAACCGACCUAAUCUUAAACAUAGACAUAAUAUCAGACUGGAACAGCAAUUUGUCGAUCGGAUUGUGAAUCUCAGGAAAGGUUAUGUCAACUAA